UCUUUUUAAGGACCCACCGGGCCUAAUCUGGACCCCCCUAAACAAAACCCGCUUUGAACGACCCGCAUCUCCCUCACAUUUCUUCUACCCCGAGUAUCCUCUCUCUCCUACUCUCUCAUGCUCUCUGCAACUACACCUAAAACUUGUCAACUUCAGCCACCAAACCAAACCAAACCAAACCCAAUAAAAUGUCGAAACCAAAAUCAAAAUCAAAAUCAAAACCAAAUCGUUGUAAUUCCAAACCUUCACUCGCCAACUCGGUCAUGACUCAGAGCCAACUCAUCGACUCGCUCACCUCCCACAUCUCUCUCUACCACUCCCGCACCGCCGCCGACUCAGAUCUUCCUCCGCUCCAAAACUCAAACCCUAGGUCCUCAAUCCUCAAAUGGUUCUCGUCUCUCACCGUCCACCAGCGCCAAGCUCACAUCACCGCCGUCGAUUCCAGGUUCGUCCGAGUCCUCGUCGACAUGCUCGGCAAGGUCCGAACCCACGGCCAUGGCUGCUUCAUUGUCCUCCCCGAUAUUCCUUCCCGCGACGACCUCCCCAGCUUCUGCUUCAAGAAGUCGCGCGGCCUUCUCUCUCGCGUCGCCGAGUCGAACCGCUCCGAGAGACUCGUCUCCGAGUCGGUUCGGCUCUUCUCUUCCACCGAAGGGGAAAGCGUCGGCCAAUGCUCGUGCUCGGUUCGGAGCCUCGAUACGGCGACGGUGAGCGAGGAGUUUGUGGAGGAUUUGGAGAGGUUUGUGGAGACCAUGGAUGAGGUUUCGAAUGGAGGGUUUUUGAGAGGGGAGGAGAGCAAGUUGGGGUCGGAUUGGGUGGAAUUGGAGUGGUUGAAGGCGAAAGGGUACUAUACAAUGGAGGCUUUUGUGGUGAAUAGGUUGGAGGUGGCGCUGAGAUUGGCGUGGUUGAACUGUAAUAAUGGGAGGAAAAGAGGGGUGAAGUUGAAGGAGAAGGCGAGCACGGCUGCCGGCGUGGCGGCUAAUGUGUAUUGGAGGAAGAGGGGAUGUGUGGAUUGGUGGAGGAAUUUGGAUGCGGCCGCGAGGCGGAAAAUCCUGACUGUGGUGUUGGGGAAGUCCGCAAAAUCUUUGACUCAUGAGAUUUUGAAGGAGGCAAGUACAGUUUUGGAGGAUGAGAUGUGGCUUUUUAGUGCAGGAGCAGAACAUCCGGUGAGAUACAAUCAUACCAUGGAAAUGCGGAGGACUAUCCCCAGUGUUGCUGCCAAGGCAGAGUUUGGCUUGAUCAGUACCUCUGCUUCUCUUCUUGGAAAACCAACUUCCUUAGCAAAUGCAUUUAAUAGUUUGCUUGUGCUUCAUGAUAUUAUCAUGAUGAUAUCAUCAUGCCACCAUGGUGAGUAUGAUAAAGGGGAACUGUUUUUUAGUAAAUUGGGAUCUGUUUGUACCAUUUCUGAUUGUAUUUUGAGGAAACUGCGAGGAUUUCUCAAGGUUGUUUCACUUGAUUGUACAAAACUUGAACUUCUGGAAGAGGGAAUUGAGAAGUCAUUACCUUAUAAAUCCAAAGAAAAGCCUGGUGCUUGUAGCCGUAGAAAAAAAGGGAGAACCCGUAAUAUGAAAAGGGGAAAUCCUAUUCCAAGGUCUCAUCUAGAUGAUUUUCCAUGUGAAAAAUCUCUCAUGGAUCUUGAUUGUGCGAAUGCAUGUAAAGAGAAGGCAGAUUUGAUGGAGUCCCAAAAGAUUUUUGAUAUACCUCGGGGGAAGGAGACUUGCAGAGAGACAUCAACUGUUCAAAUGGAACAUGCCCAAGGAAUGGUUGUUGGAAAAGUUCAAAAUCCUGCAAGGAAGGGUAGGAAAGAUAAAAACAAAAUGAAAAAAUCUGGGUUUAAUAAUCUCAUGGAAGUGAGGAAGUAUGAGAAUUCAGUCAUGGAAGAUUCCUCGUUGUCUGCUGUUUCUCAAAAUGAGGCACCAGAUUCUGGUCGAGCAUCUCACAAUUCAACCACCCUGAAUGCCACAGAUGAUAAUAAAAUUGGUAAUAAUAUCCUUGCAUCAAAUUCCGGUCUUCCUUGUUCCGUUAAUGGGCCUACUAGGGAGGACAAUGCCACCCAAAGCAUUCAAGGAGAUUAUGUUAAUGGUUCUAGUGAAAGUUUCUGUAAUAUAGGUUCAGAGUGUUAUAAUUUAUCAAAUGAUAUGAUUGAAAAGCAAACAAUAUCUUUAAGAUUAGAGACCUUAAAUUGUAAUGUACCUUCUGCUGUGCCUGCAUUGGGGCUUGAUAAUGUUUUGAGCAAUGAAGAUAGCAAUUUCCAGAAUUGUGAAAAUAGAAGUGAAUGUGAUGUAAAAUCAACUUUCCCUGACAAACCAAUCCGAGCUUUUGACAUAAAAGAUGAAUCUGUUCUGGUUAGGGAGCAAGAGAGUGUAAAUACAUUUGAUACAGGACCCUCCAAUUCUUCAGAGUACCCACUGAAUGAGUGGCCCAAUGUUACUCCUGUUUAUUUUCCAUCUGUUAGUUCACAUCUCCCAGCUGCCACUGAUCGAUUGCAUCUGGAUGUUGGUCGGAACUGGCAUAAUCACUUCCAGCAAUCCUUCAUACCCACAAUGCAUCAUGCAAGAAACUCUCCAAUUGAAGGCGGGUGUAAGCCAAUUCUGUCUCGACCAUUGUCAAUGAGUUUAGAUUGGCCUCCAGUGGUUCGAAGUACUUGUGGACUGGCUCCCUCGGUAACCUAUAAUUAUGAUUCUGGAUUUAUCUCAAGGCGGCAGUCUACUUUCCCACAAAGUUUAAACGCUCACAGUGUGCAGCUUAAUGCUCCGAUCACUGAUGAUGAAAGGAAGUAUUCUGGGGACUUCACAGAUUCACCCGAUCUAACAAAUGCACAGGAACUAGCAGAUGAAUGUGACAGCCACUGGAUAUCAGAGGAAGAAGUUGAGGUGCAUGCUUUUUCCGGGAAAGAUUAUAAUCAAUACUUUGGUGGUGGUGUGAUGUACUGGAAUCCUUCUGAUCUCCCGGGGACGGGUUUUUCUCGACCUCCUUCCCUUAGUUCUGAUGAUAGCUCAUGGGCUUGGCGUGAUGCUGACAUGAUUAGGGCUGUUGAUGACAUGGUUGCAUAUUCUUCUUCAUAUAGUACUAAUGGUUUGACUUCACCUACUGCUGCUUCAUUCAGUUCUUUUGAUCCUUUGGGGCCUGGACACCAGCCUCUUGGUUAUGUAAUUCCAGGAAAUGAAAUACCUGGCAAGAUGUUGCAUUCCUCAUCAACAUUGGCAGAUGCGGGGGCUGAAGAGGACAGUUCUGGAACUUUGCCAAAUUUACCUAGUGAUGUUGAAGGGAAGACAGGAGAUUCCCUUCCUUAUCCUAUUUUGCCACCAAUCGUCGUUCCAAAUUGGUCGAGGGGAUCAAGAGAUUUUAAGCGUAAUCAUGAUCACAAAAGCCCUUGUGUUCCUUCUACAAGGCGGGAGCACCCUCGGAUAAAGCGGCCACCGUCACCUGUAGUGCUUUGUGUUCCAAGGGCUCCACGUCCACCACCGCCUUCCCCUGUGAGUGACUCCAGAAAACUAAGGGGUUUUCCAACUGUUAGAUCUGGCAGUUCCAGCCCUAGGCAAUGGGGUGUGAGAGGUUGGUACAAUGAUGGAAAUAACUUGGAGGAUGCUUGUUUGCGUAUGGAUGGUGCUGAAGUUGUUUGGCCUUCUUGGAGAAACAAUAAUCUGUCAGCUCGUCCAAUGAUUCAGCCUCUACCUGCAGCUUUGCUGCAGGAUCGGUUGAUUGCUAAGCUAGCUCGUGAUCAGGAACAUCCAGACGUUGCAAUCCCUCUGCAACCACCAGAGUUACAAAGCUGUCCUUCAUGGAAGACCUCAAUUUCUUUGAUGCACAGCCUCCUCCGUGAUGAGAUUGACUCAUUCUGCAAGCAGGUUGCUGCAGCAAAUAUGGCCAGGAAGCCCUACAUAAAUUGGGCAGUCAAGCGAGUUACACGAUCUCUCCAAGUCCUAUGGCCCAGGUCUCAAACACACAUAUUUGGUUCAAAUUCAACAGGUUUGUCCCUUCCAACAAGUGAUGUGGACCUUGUGGUUUGUCUCCCUCCAGUGAGAAACCUGGAACCCAUUAAAGAAGCUGGGAUAUUGGAGGGUCGUAAUGGUAUCAAAGAAACAUGCCUUCAGCAUGCAGCUAGGUAUCUUGCCAACCAGGAGUGGGUAAAAAAUGAUUCCCUUAAGACUGUGGAAAAUACAGCUAUACCUAUUAUUAAGCUUGUGGUUGAAGUACCUCACGAUCUCAUUACCUCUUCUGCCUCUAAUGUACAAUCACCUAAGGAGGAGACAACUCACAUGAAUGGUGAACAAGGCAAUAAUGUUUAUUCUGAUACGGUUGUUCUAGAAGAUUCUGCUCUGCCAAAAUGUGCACAGAUAGAUUGUGAUACUACCAAUGAUUCAAAAUCAGUUUGUCUUGACAUCAGUUUUAAGUCACCAUCACAUACAGGAUUGCAAACUACAAAGCUGGUUAAGGAGCUGACUGAACAAUUUCUAGCGGCUACACCCCUUGCUUUGGUACUGAAACAGUUCUUGGCAGAUCGUAGCCUGGACCAGUCAUAUUCUGGGGGUUUAAGUUCCCACUGUUUGGUGUUACUUAUCACACGUUUUCUUCAGCAUGAGCAUCAUCUUGGCCGGCCUAUUAACCAAAACUUUGGAAGCCUUCUGAUGGAUUUUCUGUAUUUCUUUGGGAAUGUAUUUGAUCCUCGUCAGAUGCGUAUUUCAGUACAGGGAAGUGGAGUUUAUAUGAAAAGAGAAAGAGGUUGUAGUAUUGAUCCAAUUCACAUUGAUGAUCCUCUAUAUCCAACAAAUAAUGUGGGGAGAAAUUGCUUUAGGAUUCAUCAGUGUAUCAAGGCAUUUUCAGAAGCCUAUUCUGUUUUGGAGAAUGAGCUUAUAUGCAUUCCUGAUUCUGGCGAUACUUGUUCAAGGCCACCAUAUAGACUGCUUCCAAAAAUCAUCCCAAGUAUUGAUGUAUUAUAGUGGUCCUUACAAGCUGAAGAGUAUAUAUGUGUUUGCAAGCUUAUUAGUUCAUAUAUUUUGCCAAGCAUUGCUGGAGUUUGGGAUUGUCAUGAUAUCAGACUCCUAAGUUCUGUUAUGGUUGUGAUCAAGAUGGUGCACGAUACUUCAAUGAAAAGCACUCCCUUCCCUUCCCUCCCCCACAGCUUUUGACCAGUGAAUGCUUGACUUCCUUGUUUAUCCUUUUGAUUUAGGAGUGUAUUGUUUUGCAUCUAGAUUCUUGUAUCUUGGAUUUAUUGCUGUCUUACCAUUCUUUGACAUUGACGUAAUUGGUGGGGUGUUCUCAUAUAUCACUCAAUAUAUUCUAAAGCAAUUAUAUCUGAUUUUUCUGGAAAUGUCUGUUUCUCUAUAUCUUAUCUUAGUUCAAAGGCUUUGAGAAGUUUAGUUUUUCUGGGACACUUUUGCACUUGUGCAUGAGCAUCAAAAUUUCUAGUGGUUAUGAUAAACUUCCAUGCUGUCACAUGUGAAUAUUAUAAGAAAUUCCGAAAUGUAUUUGCCUCUCUAAGGACUUAAAGUGCAUGGGCUAAGUACUUGCUGCUAACCACCCUUGGAUAGGCAGGAAAGGCUGAUUCACAUGGAGGGAUAAUGAGAGUCUUGUGCAAAUAGCAUCCCCAGGAUUCAAACUAAUAGCAGUGUCUUUUUGACUUAGUUGUUUGAAAAAGUGUUUUUAAAAUAACGAUUUUAAAACCUGCAUUUUGAAAAAAACACUUUUUUAAAUCAGAUUUAAGUGUUUGGCAAAACUAAUGAGAGGGUGCUAUUUCUAUCAAUCAAACAUUUGGAUAACAUUGGUAUAAAAUUGAUGUUUCCGUUUUGAAUUACCAAAAAGCCCUAACUAUGCUAUUAAGGUUAUCAUAUCUAUUAACUUAUUUUUUAAUUUAGACCAGAAAGCCAAGAAUGGGAGGCUAUAAAGAUGAACAUCAGAAAGUACUUAAAAUAAAAAAUAAAAUAUAAAAAAGGGAAGGGUUUGGGUUACCCUGUUUGUCUUUAAUAAAACAAAAUAACAUACAAUCAAAAACAGGAAAAUAUACAAUAGAGUAUAGAUGAAUAUAGAGAAGAAUGCACAUUAAUCUAAAAAGGUAUAAAAAAAAAAGAAUAGAGAGAGUUGAUAAGAAAAGUGGGAGAAUCUCAUCAAAAGUAGUAUAUUGGUUUUUGGGCUGGAGUCUGUUUCUGUCAUCAAUUAGAGACAAAUUUAAUGCAUAAUGGAAAGAUCAGGGAAAGAAGAUGAUAAAU